GUAACUAAUUAAAUGUUCCAACUAUGACUUUUCAAUAGUAGAUAAAAAAUAGAUUAGAUAAAAUAGUCAGUAAAAAUUCUGAUAAAUAUGGUCAUGAUAAUAAAUUUUUUUACUGGAUGUUUAAUAGAUCGUGGAAGCUGCUGACCUCCCCCUUUUUUAGUUAUUACAGUUCUGAAUUCUCAUUAAUCAGUGAACUAUUCAACUAUAUCAUAGUCACUACUAUAUUAUAUGCAUCAUAUAAGUUUCCCUAUCACAACUGAAUUUCCCAAACGAAACAAAAAUGUCGAUGUCUAUGAAGAAACGGACAUUAAUUAGUUUGUGAGAAAUGUAACUCGAUUACAUAAAUUAUCAUAUGAUUCGGCAACGUUAGGUUAAUAGAAAACAUAUAUACGAAGUUAUACUGCAUCUGAGACACGUGCAUUAUUGUGGGGCCAAUUCAGACAAAGAGAAGAGUCACCACCACCUCAUUCAGCUGGGCCGGCUUGUAGGUCCCACCUCAUAAUCUCGGUCCCAUUGCUCCCACUUGUAACGAGACUCUCUCUCCUCUUCUCUCUCUCACUAAGUCUUGUGCAUCUAUAUAAGCCACCUCUUGGUCACCGCAUUUCUCCCACACUAUCUCUCGUCUCUUUGAACACUGCAAAACAACCAAAUCACUUAUUCGAAUAAUUCUCGUUCCUUCUCCUCUGUUUUAUAUUUUCUUAUAAAAUGGUGAGCCAAAACGUCGUCGUACCAGACGCCACGACGGGAAUCAUAACGGUCUCCACCGUCUCUAACUCCUCCGUAUUUACUCCUUCCGCUCAAAAACCACCGACUGCUCCUGGUCACAUCUCAAUUUCCAAGAAGAAACUACUCAAAAGCCUCGAGAUCAAUGGCGACCAAAGUCAGAGACUCAACUCUUGGGUUGACUCCAUGAGAGCUUCUUCUCCUACUCAUCUCAAAUCACUCCCUUCCACUUCCUCAGAAGAAGAGCUCAAUUCUUGGAUGAAACGACAUCCAUCGGCACUUGACAUGUUUGAACGGAUCAUUGAAGCUUCAAGAGGAAAAGAAAUCGUUAUGUUUCUUGAUUAUGACGGUACUCUUUCUCCUAUCGUCGCUGAUCCAGACAGAGCUUUCAUAUCCAGCAAGAUGAGAAGAACUGUGAAAAAGCUGGCAAAGUGUUUUCCAACUUCUAUAGUUACUGGUAGAUGCAUAGACAAGGUUUAUAGCUUUGUGAAGCUAGCAGAACUGUAUUAUGCUGGAAGCCAUGGAAUGGAUAUUAAAGGGCCAACAAAAGGUUUCUCUAGAUACAAUAAGGAUAAACCAUCUGUUCUUUAUCAACCAGCCGGAGAUUUUCUUCCCAUGAUUGAUGAGGCUUUUAAACAAUUAGUGGAGAAAACCAAAUCAACACCUGGAGCCAAAGUGGAGAACAACAAGUUCUGCCUUUCUGUGCACUUCCGCUGUGUCGACGAGAAGAAAUGGAGCGAACUGGCUUUAAAAGUUCGGUCGGUGGUAAAGAACUAUCCGACACUGAAACUGUCCCAAGGUCGGAAGGUUUUUGAAAUCCGACCUAUGAUUAAAUGGGACAAAGGCAAGGCCCUUGAGUUUUUGUUAGAGUCACUUGGAUUUGAUAACUCUAGCGAUGUAUUUCCUAUUUACAUUGGUGAUGAUCGAACCGAUGAAGAUGCUUUCAAGCUGCUUCAAGAGAGAGGACAAGGCUUAGGUCUUCUUGUCACCAAGUUUCCCAAAGACACCAAUGCUUCGUAUUCUUUGCAAGACCCACUUGAGGUGAUGGAUUUCUUGCGACGGUUGGUGGAGUGGAAACAAAUUUAGCAAUGAACAUGCAUGAAGGGACCAAUGGAGUUUUUAGUAUAAAUAACCAUUGCCCAUAAAUGCAUAUAUAUAUAUAUAUAUAUGUUAUAUAUAUGUAUAUACUUAUAGAUGAUAUGUAUAUCUCUAUCCUAGAACGGAACAUUGUACAAGAUAUAUAAAGGCAAAUUUCAUAAUGUGCCUAUAUAUAUAUAUAGGUUGAUCUUGUUCACCAUGAUCUUGCUUGAAAGGCAUUUUUUACCUUUUACAUAUUGUAUGGGAAGAGGUAUACCAUAUGUUAAAUUCUAAAGAAUAUUGUAUCGUUUUGUGAUGUAAUCAUAUUUUCUCUCCUAUAUGGCUAUUUCGUCGAGAAAUCUUGCAAAAUGUAAUUUUUCUCCUGGAAAA